GGCGAUGCUUCAGCUCUUUUGCCUGCGACCUAGGAUGUUCUGUCCGUAAAUUGCCACUCAGUUUUGCGAGUUACAAAGUCGAUGCAUAUGCGGUACCGUAAAUCAUUACGGGGGCACCGAAGUGGCGUUAUUUCUGGAGGGAAUUCUUAUUGUUACAGUUUAAUAUUACUAACCGUCCUUGUCCCAGUGUUCAGGAUCCACGUAUCGAUUCCGAAUCAAAUUCCCUACCAGGCAUGUCCUUCUCGAAGGAUUGGGUUCGGACCCUGGGUUCUCGCCGUGUUGUAUGUGUAUCUCCAUCGAAACGCAACUGUGCGUACACUGUGGACUUGUUUUUUUUAUCCCCUAGAUGCACAAGAGACCGUGAAGCGGUGCAACUUCGAUGGCAUGCUACUCAUUCUCUGGCGUUUCCUAUGGAUACCACGUUGAUCAGAUACCUAGUCUGAACCACAAGCGGUCUCAUACAUGACUUGUGCCAUCGUCGAGCGCCUUACGAACAGUCCUUGUACUUUUUGCCCUGUGGCUGCAGCCUUCGGAUCUCUCCUGC